GUGUGUUAAGUUUCUUACUACAUCUUCCAUACACGCCAAAGUGAAAGGCUCUCCCCCACUCUCUCCUCACACCCGAACCUUUAUAUAUUCAGGUGCAUUAAGGUGCAUUCAGGUAGUACGCUUUGCGCCAACCUAAACAACGUACGAACUAAACGAUGAAUAAACACAAUUACAGAACUUGAUGUCGUGAAAUGAGAUCCUGUCUGUCACAGCAACUGUGAAUCAAACAUCAAACAUGAGCGAGAUAGAGAGCAAAAAUGCACUAUUAAAGCCUAAAUGCAAACAUCCCGAUCAGCCGUAUUCUGCAAAUAGUUGCAACGAAGAUGACAACGAUCACGAUUGGUGGGCGAGCGACAGCGGAUCCAGCACAGGAUCAUAUUACUCGGACACCGACAGUUCAGUGGUUGAAUGGGAAUCCGAGAUUGGACCUACCGGAGAAGUGUUCUACGUGGAGUCAGCGGAGGAGAGCUUGUUCGAGGAUCUUACAGUGUUCGACGGUAAAAAUGACAGUCCUCAACCCGAGCUAACGCGUCGUCGUAGCACGAGAGCCGGCAAGCUGUUUCGGCUUAUCAGACGUAAGGAGAGCAAACGCUGGAGCACGAGGAAUAAAAAGAUCAACAGCAGCAGCACGGUGGCGAGCAGUAUCGUCGUUCAGGAGAAAGAUGCAAGCGGGAGCAAGGAAGUCACAUUUCGAGAUUUUCAAGCAGGUGAGAUUCGUGAGGUUACACUGUGGAUCGAUCCUGAAAGAAGGCACAAGCUGGGCAGAAGGGCGACCUUGUGCGAGGCGUACUUUGGCAUCACACCCGGCGUAUUUUCAGACAAGAUCAGAGUUAUGGUGGCAGGAUUCAUACCGGACGGUGAAGCGAUGAAGAACAAGAGCAUAAAAAUUGGCGACUGGCUGCGGAGCGUUAAUUCCAGUAACGUUACUUCCCAAAAUUUAGAUCAGAUAUUAUCUGAGAUCACCACACCGUCCAACGUAACGUUGGAACUGCAGAGGGUAGCUGGCGUCGAUGUUACCGCAAAGCUGCCCCGAGUAAAUGAGCCGAAACAAUCGGCAUUGGUCCAAUAUUUGGUGAACAAAGAAAACAACAAUCUCCACAUGGAGUCUUUACUGAAUCAUCCGCUGGGUGUGAUAUAUCUGAAGACGGCGGAUCUCUCGGAAAUGGGACAGGAAUUGCAGGGUGUGUUGUACACAUUCCCGCGAUCCGAAACUAAAAACGUGUAUUCCUCUUUGUGCACGGCAAGGGGAGCUUUCAUAACUCUUAACCACCUGUUACCCAGUAUAACAGGCCCGCAACCUGUCAGCACAACUGUCCACAUAGGUGAGGAAGAAAUGCACAUUGUAUACACAUCUCACGAUGAGGAGUUACUUUUGAUAGCUUUACCUGAGAAAUGGUGUACCCUGCAGGAGGCUGUCAAAAUUACCGAAGACGUGGUCAGAACGCUAGAAUUUACUUAUCAAUCGUUGACGAAGUGCUUCACCGCUCCGGAAAAUCAGUCUUCCUUGGAUCACUUUUUCGUACUAAUUAUGCACAGAUUAGUGAAUAUCAAGGAUUCGGGUAACGAUGCCGACGCUAAGAAACAUAUUGCGGCGGAGCCGCAAAACAGCGUGGAAAGCACGGAAAAUUACAAGUUCAGGAGUGCUUUCUCGGUGGCAAGUUUCAUACAGCUGCCCAGGGACGCGCAAAUUCAAAUAGACGCCGCACUGAGUGAGAUGGAAGCUAUGGAUUACCGAGAUUGGAACGAAGACCCUAUGGAUUGUCAGAGACUGUACACCAUACUAGGUAGCUGCGUUUACCACAAAUGCUAUCUCUUGGGGUCCCAUUUACCUCACGAUGACUUGAUCGACGUGCAUUCGUUUCUGAGACACAAUGGCCUAUUGAAUCUGAUGAGUCAGGAACAAGUGAAGUGUCUCGUUCUGUGGAAACAGAUUUAUCCGUCAUCUUGCAAUCGUGGCAACGUCAACGGUAACGACGACGAUCAAUUAUCGAUACCCAAUGGAAAGUGGUUUUUAUUAGUCGUUGCGUACGGACAUGAUUUACUAGCGGUUUUGUUGGAAUCCGGGGGAUGCACCGCGAAUGACGCGAUAGGUCCCGACGUAUUUUACGUGGAAGAAGCCCAAGAGACAUUGAAGCACGUGCAAAAGAUAGGAGUCACGACUUUGGCCACGAAGUGGAUUAUGUCUAAUACCAGACCAGAAGUAAUACCGUACGAGGAGCACACAACGACGAAGCCCUCGUCCAGCAUAACGGAGAACCUGUUCGGCUUGAUAAAAUCGUCCGAUGCACAGGCUGCGGCUUUUAAGCAAAACGUUAAUCCUGCUGUUAACAAGAAGCCGCAAGAACUGCCUUCUAUCUUGAAGAAACGCAGCCUCGAAGAAAGUCCUAUGAUCUCGGGUUCCGUGUAUUCCUUGCAAACGUCUGAGGAUUCGCUCAGCCAAGGAACAGGUGGCAUCAGCGAAAUGAGCGAUGAAGCGAUGCCUAUACUCGGAAGGCGGGCGACAAGAGAAAAGAUCAACUCGGCAUCGAGAUACUCCGAUGACAGUGACUCAGAUAUCGACAUGUACAAGAAUGAUAGCCACGUGCUCGCAUUAGAUAUAUCCAACAUACGGGAGAACUUGUUAAACCAAGCAGAAUAUUUGAUACCGAAGAAGUUAACAGCAGGUGACAAAAAUUAUCUGUAUCAUUAUGUUCACUUAGACAUGGUGGAAGGGAUUAUAUUGUCGUCGAUACCCGUUCAAAAUACGUCGAAGGAUAACAGGAUCCUUGUCAACUUCAACAAAUGCGUACACGUCAUUCACCGAUUAUUACACAAUACGGUGAGAUUUAAAAAAAUGUUGAAUCAGGAUAUGGACAAAACUGUUAUCAAUAGAAGUUUAAUCGCCGUUAAGGAGCACGGUGUGCUGUUUGAGUGGGAGAACACAGCUUUUUGGGUAAUCGGACGCCUUUACACGAGUCCUCAUCCCAAGGAAUUGUAUGUGUGCUAUCAGGAUUCUGCGCCCCAAAAUUUGAUUGAGAUAGCUUUUCAGUUGCACACGUAACAUUUACAUUUUACUUGCACAAACAAACAACAAUUAUACAUUUCCUUCUG